AUGGCAGAUCAUGAAGAAGCUUCGCAAGGAGGUUAUCACGAUCGCAACGCCACUAGCCCCGAUGGAUGGAACCUGCAGAAUGUGUUACCCAUAUCGGGUAAGCCAUGGUACAAACAGCGUCACCUGGUGCUUCUGAAUCUCGGAAUGAUCAUUCCUUACUUGUCCUCCACAACCAACGGAUACGAUGGAUCGAUGUUGAACGGACUACAGUCCAUGAGUCAAUGGCAGAAUUUCUUUGGCUCCCCGACAGGCACCAAACUGGGUUCGCUCUCAAAUGGAGUGAUCUUCGGCCAGAUCUUGGCCUUUCCCAUUGCACCAUGGCUUUGCGAUCACACCGGUCGUCGAUUCCCCAUAUUUCUGGGAUCCUCGCUUCUUGUUGUCGGUGCGGUUCUGCAGUGUGCUGCACAGAACUACGCCAUGUUUUUGAUCUCUCGCAUGGUCAUUGGCUUUGGGGGUCUGAUUGCAGUCGAAGCAUCACCCAUGUUGGUCAGUGAGCUGGCAUAUCCACUACAUCGUCCCGUUCUGGUGGGAUACUACAACAACCUCUGGUACCUGGGAGCAUUGCUCGCGGCUUGGGUUACAUAUGGGACCUACUUCAUGGGUUUACACACAUCGUGGGCGUGGCGCAUUCCAUCCUUACUUCAAGGGUUCUUCCCUCUUGUACAAGUUGCUUUUGUCUAUUUACUUCCCGAAUCGCCGAGAUAUCUUGUACAAAUGGAUCGCCAUGACGAGGCCCGAGAAGUACUAACCAAGUAUCAUGCGGGAGGUGAUGAAACCUCGCCUCUGGUUGAUUUUGAGAUGCAAGAAAUCAUCCUUCAGAUCCAGACUGCCAAGGCUGUGUCCAAGACUGGAUAUCGCGAGUUCCUGAGCACCCCCGGAAACAUGCAUCGUCUGUUCAUCAUCAUCGCAGUCCCGUGCAUGAUGCAGCUUUCGGGAAACGGCCUCAUCGCAUACUACUUACACCUCAUUCUCAACUCUAUCGGACUCACAUCUGAUCCCGACCAACUGCGCAUCAAUGGCGGUCUCAUGGUCUUCAACCUGGUUGUGUCUGUCAUACUAGCAUCUUUCAUGGAGCUGGCUGGGAGGCGACGGCUGUUCUUAUCGUCAACAAUUGGCAUGCUGAUCUGCUAUGUUGUCUGGACUGUGCUAUCAGCAAUCAAUGAACAACGUCACUUCAAAGAUAGCUCACUCGGCGCUGGUGUGGUUGUGAUGAUCUUCCUCUACCAGCUGUGCUACAACGCUGGUCUCAAUGGGCCACCGUGGGUGUAUGUCACCGAAGUCCUCCCCACUCACCUCCGAGCCAAAGGGACAAAUAUUAUGCAGAUUGCCUCAACCUGCGUGCUGAUUUUCAACGGAUACGCGAACCCAGUAGCGAUGGAUGCAAUUGGUUGGAGGUACUAUAUUGUCUAUUGCUGUGUAUUGGCCAUUGAAAUUGGUAUUGUAUACUUUGGAUUUCCCGAAACAAAGGGCCACAGCUUGGAAGAAGUGGCAUUAAUAUUCGAUGGGGACGAGGCCUUCGGCGAUAGAUUGUCGAAGGGAUUCGGAAUUUGA